CACAUUACGAAAGCGCUCAAGAAAAGAUGAAGGUCGCAAUUGUUGGUGCCACGGGAGAGACUGGACGAUCUAUUGUGGAUGGACUCGUCAACUCAGAUGUCCAUUUCGAAAUCACCGCUUUGGUCCGCCCAUCAUCAUUGGAGAAGCCAAGAGUCCAGGAUUUGAAGGCGCGAUCCAUCCAUAUUGUCUCAGCCGAGCUUCAAGGUCCGCAGGAUGAGCUCAUCAACAUCCUGAAAGGGAUCGAUGUGGUUAUUUCUGCCAUUCACUACCAGUCGCUUUCGGACGAGAUUCCUUUGGCCACUGCUGCUAAAGUAGCUGGAGUAAAACGAUACGUGCCAUGCUUCUUUGCCACGGUUGCACCUCGAGGAGUCAUGUACCUGCAUGACUUGAAGGAAGAUAUCCUCGAUCAUAUCAACCGUUUGUACCUUCCUUACACAGUGAUUGAUGUGGGCUGGUGGUACCAGAUCACCCUUCCCAGGGUACCAUCUGGUCGCUUCGAUUAUGCUCUGCUGGCACCGAACAACACUGUAUUCGCUGGCGGAAACGUUCCUAUUGCAUUCACAGAUGUGCGUGAUAUUGGGAAAUAUGUGGCUAGAAUUAUCAGCGAUCCACAGACACUCAACAAGAAAGUAUUCGCCUUCACCGAGACCAAGACCCAGAAACAAGUGUUUGAGCUGGUUGAAAAAGUGAGCGGCGAGAGGCUGGAGAGGACUGAGGUUUCAGCAGCUGAUCUUGAGCUGAAGCUCAACGAAGUCAGAAAAUCCAACACUCUCGACCAGAUGCGAGCAAGUUAUGAGUACUGUAACUCGUGGGGUGUACGUGGCGAUAACAGCCCAGAUCAUGCCAGGUAUUUGGGAUAUCUUAUCGCCGAGGAUCUGUACCCUGGUAUCAAGGGCCGAAGUCUUGAGAGCUUCAUUCGGGAUAUUGUGGAUGGAAAAGGUAAGAAAGUGUAUGUCUGAUUUGUGAAUAACAGAGCCUCGGGUAUCUCAAGGAGUGAAACUGAGAUGAGUCUUAUCUCGAAACAAUCAAAUUGAAAGCCAAAUGCCCAUCCUAGUUAAUAUUCAAGCCCG